AUGGAAGAUCUAGUCAAGAAGAAACGAGUGAGAGGAGGCCACAGAUCGUCAGCUAAAAAGCUUGUGGCGAAGAUAGUUGAAAGGCUUCAAGGUGAGAGCCCAGACAAAGACGUACUAUGGUUGCGACAGAGCCAAACGAACUUGAAAGAAAAAAUCAAGACGAUAAGACAAUUCGACGAACAAAUAAUUGACAUAAUCAGCGCAUCGAAAGAGGAAGACGUCGAUGAACUUGUAACGCAAGAAAUUGAAGACUCAGACAACGCGAUAGCGGAACUGGAAAGAAUAUUACUCGAACUCGAGGAUGAAUUAUGUAAAUUGAGACAAAGCACGCCAUUGUCAGUGUCGACAACGCAGAACGCUGCGGAUGCAAGCCUUAAUCAGAGUCAUUUGUCAACCUCCAGCGAUAUGUCAGUCGGUAAAAUCGUUCGAGCUAAGCUCCCGAAACUUGAACUCAGAAAGUUUAACGGAAAGAUUUGCGAAUGGCAAGAGUUUUGGGACAGCUUUUCAAGUUCAAUCGAUAACAAUGAGCAAUUGUCUGAUGUCGAUAAAUUUGCGUAUUUACGCGGUCUGUUGGAAGAACCAGCAAAGUCAACAAUCACUGGGUUUUCUCUGAAAGAAGCAAAUUAUAAGUCAGCAGUAGAACUCUUAAAGAAACGAUUUUAUAAAAAGAGCGCAGUCCAGCGAGCACACGUGAACGAACUGAUUCAAUUGUCGCCGGUAUUCAAGGAAAGAGACACGCGAGGACUUCGCCAUUUAUAUGAUAGCUGUGAAGCACAUAACCGCGCGUUGAAAGCACUGGGGGUGAGCGAGGAAUCUUACUCCAGUAUUGUUGUUCCAGUCAUCGUCGAGAAACUACCGGAAUCAUUUCGGUUGACGAUUACCAGAGGAACAGAUUUUCUACAAUGGUCGAUGGAAGAAAUGCUGGAUGCAUUUGUAAAAGAAUUGGAACUGAGAAAAGCACAUAAUGCCGUGGAAACGACUGCAAUAUGGAACGAGAGCAACAGCGUCAGCGAAAGAACCCUUAUACUGCUGCUGCACUCUUGGCGAAUGAGAAACGAAAAAACUGUUGUGCCUUCUGUCUGA